AUGUCGUCGCGGAUGCCUUCAAUCCGACGUCCUGUAAGGACAGCAACAAAAGCCGAGGACUCGGUAGAUAACGAUGGCACGGUCAAGAAGAGGAGUCAACUUCCUCAGCUGACUCCGCGCUCACUCAAAACAACCAAAGAUGUUUCUGCUUCCAGCUUGCCUGUCUCUAGUCCCACAAGGUCGACCAUAGGCAUUGCGACGAGAUCAAAGGAAGACAAGGCUGCUAUGCCACCCCCUGCCGCUCCUCUUGGUCGCUCUCAGUCUAUUCGAACCCGUACAACGCCUCAAUCCUCGUCGUCUACCACCGCAUCGUCCACAAGGCCUGGCUUGACCGCUCCCUUGCGAUCGCUGUCAACUCGAGCACCUGCAUCUUCGACAACCACUGCUCCAAAGCCUCGCGUCGUCUCGCAUUCUCGUACAGCCAGUGCCUCGACUCUUGCAGCCUCGAGCACAGGUGACUCGACCCUGAAGCGCUCUGCCACACUUGCUUCGAGACAUCUUCGCUCACAGAGCUCGACUACCACUGGUCUCAAUUCAAGGUUCACGACGCCUUCCACCCCAUCGACUCCAACUUCUAUCAAGAGUAGCGCAGAUCCCGUCAAACCUCCUGUAAGACGCCUUGUUCGGCCAGGUGCAACAUCAAGUGUACCGAAUCUCGAACCCUCCACCUCAAGACCGGCCUUCAACACACUCCAACAACACUACAGUCCUGCCAAGACCACCUUGCCCAAGCCACCAGUGCCAUCAUCACGGCCUGCGCCGUCUGCUGAAGAGAAGGCUGUUCAAUCGGGCGCCGUCUUUGAAAUGACCAAGUUGCAAUCUGAACUUUUGUAUCUCUCAAUACUGCACGAAUCAGCCGAGCCGAACUUUCGAAGUUACGAAACUAGCGCCAGAAGAGCACUCCAGACAGAAUUCGAAGCAGCCCAAGAUGAGGUGAAUGAGAUACGAGAGCAAGAGCGGAUAUUCCAAGAACAAGAAAAUCUGGCUGCUAUAGCAGACUGGUUAGGAGUCGAAGCAGCACACAUGGGUCCCGAGGCAGCCGAGAUGAUACAGAGUCUGAGCGGCUGCUUCAACGAGAUCAUGAUGCUGUCAGCUCCUGAGAGCAAAUAUACAGCGCUCGUACACAGCUUCUCGGAGUGGGCAUCAGAAGCAACAGAGCCAGAUAGAGCACACAUUUUCUCGGGGCCGUUAGCACAAGAUUGGCAUCAAACGCAUGCAUCUAUCACACAACGAUUGCGGUUGGUGGAAAGAGAGGUUGAAAUGCUACCGUCAGCACCUUCUCAAGCGAACAAUGAUGCAAAGUCAUCACUAUCCAUCAUGCUCGAAUGCUUGAAGAAUUUGGUCUUGGGCAUGAAAGAGGAGCUGGAAGCCAUGGCGCGGCUUGAGCAGCAGGUGGUGAGCACCGAGAAGCAACGUGUGAGCAACGCAGUCGCUGGACUGUCUAUGGAUACUCUGUUGCAAGAUACAGAAGAGCGGGCGGCUGCUUGGUAG